GGCUUUCUUCCCUGGAUGCUGCUCCCAUGCCCUGACACGAUGCCCACUACAAUGCUCUCCAAAAUGUCCACCAAGGUGACUUAAGUCAGGUUCCCCCAAACCAGACACUAAGACAAGAAUCCAUGUGUGAGAAACUGAAGGAAGUGCUGGGAGAGCCCCAGCUGCAGCCUGGAUGUGAAUUGCAACUCUGAAGUGCGUCCAGACGCAAGGCAAGGGCACUAGGCUUUCCAGACCUCCUACUAAGUCAUUGAUCCAGCACUGUCCUGGCAGGACAUAAAUCCCUGGCACUUCUAGCUCUCUGCAAAGGAGGGCAAAGCAGCUUCAGGAGCCCUUGGGAGUGCUCCAAAGAGAGUCUAGGGUACAGGUCCUAAAGUAGAAGAACACAGAAGGCCGGCCAGGGGCACUGCGAGAUGGUAAAAGAGAUCUGAAGGGAUCCAGAAUUCAAGCCAGGAAGAAGCAGCAUUCUGUCUUCUGGAUUAAAACUGAAGCUCAACCUACUUUCAGCUUACUAAGAAAGGGGAUCAUGGACAUUGAAGCAUAUCUUGAAAGAAUUGGCUAUAAGAAGUCCAGAAACAAAUUGGACUUGGAAACAUUAACUGACAUUCUUCAGCACCAGAUCCGAGCUGUUCCCUUUGAGAACCUUAACAUCCAUUGUGGGGAAGCCAUGGACUUAGGCUUAGAGGCCAUUUUUGAUCAAGUCGUGAGAAGAAAUCGGGGUGGGUGGUGUCUCCAGGUCAAUCAUCUUCUGUACUGGGCUCUGACCACUAUGGGUUUUGAGACCACGAUGUUGGGAGGGUAUGUUUACAGCACUCCAGCCAAAAAGUACAGCACUGGCAUGAUUCACCUUCUCCUGCAGGUGACCAUUGAUGGCAGGAACUACAUUGUCGAUGCUGGGUUUGGACGCUCAUACCAGAUGUGGCAGCCUCUGGAGUUAAUUUCUGGGAAGGAUCAACCUCAGGUGCCUUGCAUCUUCCGCUUGACGGAAGAGAAUGGAUUCUGGUAUCUAGACCAAAUCAGAAGAGACCAGUACAUUCCAAAUAAAGAAUUUCUUAAUUCUGAUCUCCUAGAAGACAGCAAAUACCGAAAAAUCUACUCCUUUACUCUUGAGCCUCGAACAAUUGAAGAUUUUGAGUCUAUGAAUACAUACCUGCAGACUUCUCCAGCAUCUGUGUUUACUAGCAAAUCAUUUUGUUCUUUGCAGACCCCAGAUGGGGUUCACUGUUUAGUGGGCUGCACCCUCACCUAUAGGAGAUUCAAUUACAAGGACAAUACAGAUAUGAUAGAGUUCAAGACUCUGAAUGAGGAAGAAAUAGAAAAAGUGCUGAAAAAUAUAUUUAAUGUUUCCUUGGAGAGAAAGCUUAUACCCAAACAUGGUGAUAGAUUUUUUACUAUUUAGAAUAA